AGUGUAGCUUAGCUGUAGAGAUUGUUCUCUUCAGGAGUACCAGAAUCGCCUUCGCAAAGCAUUCCAGCGGCAUCACCAUGGUACACCAAAGUGGGCAAAGCUGGAACAAAGUACCAAAGCGAUCUAUCCAUCUAGCACUUCCUCACGAACAUCGGUUUCAUUACUUCAGCGACCAAUCAACUGCGUUUUGUUCCACAAUGUUAGACCCGUACUUAUUGCAAGUGGAGCCUCUGGGAUGGUCCAGUUGUUUCGGGUGAGAUUAUCGGAAGAGGGCAACUUUCUGCAGAGCGUGCGAUUUUCUAAUUUCCCAGUCACAAGUAUGGGAAUGUUGACAGGAGGAUGCUCAAUAAUGUGUGGAUCAAUAAGACAGGAAUACCUUAUGAAGUAUGAUCUCGAAGAAGGCGCUGUGAUGCAGCUGCGGCUUCCGAAAUGUAUACCUAACCAGAACAUCGGCCGUUUUGCAAUUUCCAAGGAUGGAUCUCUGCUGGCCAUGAUUGCACGUAAUGCACAGGUGUACGUGCUCUCCUCAUCGUCUAUGGAAUUGGUUAAAACAUUAUCUGCCCCUACGGACUUGGCAUCGGUACAAUUUUUCCCUGGAUCCAAUAACGAAAUAUGGGCUUUGACAGAGCGCGGUGAGGUCAUCAUUUGGAAUCUGAACGGAUAUCAGCAUUUAUUACGGGACGAAGGUGCAGUACGUGGCACGAAAAUUCGGUUAAGUAUUGACGGAAACACGAUAGCAUGUGGAUCGAAUACUGGUAUAGUGAAUUUGUACGACGUGGCUGAUGUCCGAAACAGCACUGAGCCUAAACCUCGCGUGGUUGUGCCAAAUCUACUUACUUCAUGCGAUUCGAUUGCCUUCACUCAUGACAGUCAAGCCAUGGCGUUCAGUAGCAAUGUGAAGAAAAACCAAAUAAAGCUUCUUCACAUCGCUAGCAGCACAGUGUUCAAGAACUUUCCCAAGAGACAUGAGAAGAUGCCAAAUAUUGAGUGCGUUGAAUUUUCACCCCAUAGUGCUUUCUUGGCCAUUGGAUGUGGGAAUGGUCAGCUCAUUUUGGAGCGUAUGAAUUAUUAUGAAGACUACUGA